AUGGCAGCCGUGCAGGCCACCAACGAGGCUCUGGCCGCUCAGCAACAGCCAUCAGGCACUUUGAAGAUCGAAAACACCGAAAAGCGCGAUACUCUUAUAGCAAGCGAAAAGAAAUACCAGAAGGCGUGGCAGGACAGCAAGGUCUUCGAGCAGAAUGCGCCGUCUCUGGAAGAAGUGCCCUUCCAUGCCAUCGCACCGGCCGAGCUGCGAAAGAAACACCCGAAAUACAUGGUCACUAUGGCCUACCCAUACGUCAACGGCACACCGCACGCUGGCCACUCUUUCACCGCAAGUAAGCUCGAGUUUGCAGUGGGAUGGGCGCGCAUGCAGGGCAAGAGAGCGCUGUACCCGCAAGGCUUCCACUGCACGGGUAUGCCCAUCAAAGCCUGCGCCGACAAGCUUGUUCGCGAGAUCGAAAUGUUUGGCCAAACCUUUGAGAAUUGCACUGUCGAGUCAGUCAAGGACGAGAAUGCAGAGCCAAAUGCUGCUCCGCCAGCACCCGUGCAAGAGACGACCAAGGAGGACAUCACCAAAUUCACCACCAAGAAAUCUAAAGCCGCUGCCAAGGUCAAUGUGGCUCUCAAGUACCAGUUCCAAAUCAUGUUGGCCUUGGGCAUUCCGAUCGGAGAGAUCCACAAGUUCUCAGACCCCCAGUACUGGCUGCAGUACUUUCCUCCACUCUGGCAGCGAGACUUGAACAAUCUAGGAUGCAGAGUUGACUGGAGACGAUCCAUGGUCACGACCGAUGCCAACCCAUACUACGAUGCCUUUGUGAGAUGGCAAGUGAAUCGCCUGAAAGAGCUCGGAAAGAUCAAGUUCGGCAAGCGCUACACCGUCUACUCACCCAAGGACCGUCAAGCAUGUAUGGACCACGACCGAGCAAAGGGUGAGGGUGUCGGUGUUCAAGAGUAUACAGCGCUCAAGCUGCGCGUCAAGGAGUGGGCAGAUGGCGCGAAGAGCAAGAUUGAGGGCAAGAUCCCACACGGUGCAAACGUAUACUUUGUGCCAGCGACCUUGAGACCGGAGACAAUGUAUGGUCAAAAUUGCUGUUUCGUUGGCCCCAAUGUCGACUAUGGCAUCUUCGAGGUGAAGCAGGGCGAGGAAUACUACUUCGUCUCGAACCGUGCUGCGAGAAAUAUGGCUUUCCAGAGCAUCUUCCCUCAAUGGGGCGUCUUUCCCAAGGUCGCUGACUUGAAGGGAUCAGAUGUCAUCGGCACUCUAGUCAAUGCGCCACUGUCGGCACACAAAGAUGGCGUGCGCAUCCUUCCUAUGGAAUCCGUCAAGCCGACAAAGGGUACUGGUGUGGUCACUAGUGUGCCAUCCGACUCACCUGACGACUACAUCACCACCUUGGACCUGCAAAAGAAAGCCGAAUACUACAAGAUCAAGAAAGAGUGGAUUGAUAUGGACAUUCUGCCCAUCAUUGAAACCCCUACCUAUGGCAACCUGACAGCGAAGGCCCUGGUAGAAAAGAUGAAGAUCAACUCUCCCAAGGAUGCUAAGCAGUUGGCUGAGGCCAAAGCUGAAGCCUACAAGGAGGGCUUCUACAAGGGCACCAUGAUCUAUGGCGACUUCAAGGGCAAGAGCGUUGAAGAAGCCAAGCCACUGGUGCGGCAGCAACUGAUUGAUGCUGGUGAGGCAUUUGCAUACGCUGAGCCCGAUGGUGAGGUCAUCAGCAGAUCCGGAGAUGAGUGCGUUGCUGGCCACUUGGACCAAUGGUUCAUGAACUAUGGAGAGCCUGAGAAGUCGGGCGAUCCCGAAUGGCAGCCUGCUGUCCUGAAGCACGUCUUGAACGAGGACGGCAAUGGCCUUAACACAUUCUCUACUGAGACCAAGAACGCCUUCGAGCAGGUCUUGAACUGGUUGGCUCAAUGGGCAUGCGCUCGUGGCUACGGUCUUGGAACCAAGCUGCCUUGGGACCAGACACAGCUGGUCGAGAGUUUGUCGGAUUCGACAAUCUACAUGUCGUACUACACGAUCGCCCACUUGCUCCAUAAGGAUAUCUUCGGCAAAGAGAAGGGACCGGCAAACGUGUCUCCAGACCAGCUCACUGAUGAAGUCUGGGACUGGCUUUUCUGCCGAACCGAGACAGUACCACAAGGAUGCACCAUACCAGAGGGGACUCUGCAACGCAUGCGACGCGAGUUCGAGUACUGGUACCCUCUUGACUUGCGUGUCUCCGGUAAAGACUUGAUUCAAAACCACUUGACGUUCUUCCUGUACGUGCAUGUCGCUUUGUUCAAGCCGGAAUAUUGGCCCCGCGCCAUUCGGGUCAACGGCCACUUGCUGCUCAACGGCGAGAAGAUGUCGAAAUCCACCGGCAAUUUCCUCACUCUGUACGAUGCGACAGCCAAGUUUGGUGCUGACGCCACGCGUGUCGCACUUGCCGAUGCUGGUGAUACUAUCGAAGAUGCUAACUUCGAUGAGACCGUGGCCAACGCCAAUAUUCUCCGCUUGUUCGAGCUUCGGCAGUGGUGCGAAGGCGUCGUUGGAGAUGCUCGUCCGCUCAAAAAUGGCGAGAUCUACACACAAGUCAUCAAGGAUGAGCGACAUAAAACAAAUGAUGCUGUCCAGCGCACUGGCGAGAAGAUGCUGUGGGAUGAGCUGUUUGAGAACGAGUUGAAUGGCUUGGUUCGUGAGACAGAGGCUCAGUAUGAUGCCACCAACUACAAGGCUGCUCUGAAGAGCGGCUUCUACGACUUCAUUGGCGCUCGUGAUUUUUAUCGAGAGGCCACCAAGGCAGCAGGUAUUGGCAUGCACCAUGACUUAGUCAAGCGCUAUGUCGAACUGCAAGCCUUGAUGAUUACAGUUGUUGCCCCUCACUGGUCGGAACACAUCUGGCUGGAAGUCCUGAAGAAGCCGGAUACCGUCCAGAAUGCUCUCUUCCCCAAAGUACCCGACCAGCAGCCUCACCUCACAGCCGCUCGAGACUAUGUUCGAUCGACGCAGAGCAAUAUCACAAGUGCCGAAGGCCAGCAGCUCAAGAAGAUGCAAAAGGGCAAGCAGACUUCAUACGACCCGAAGAAGGACAAGAAGCUCUCCAUCUUCUACGCGACAGCAUACCCAUCCUGGCAGGACGGUGUCAUUGAGAUCGUGCGCAAGAACUUUUCCGACAUGAAACUUGAUGUCGGCGCUGUGUCCAAGAGCAUACCAAAGGCAGAGAGCAAGCGUGCCAUGCCUUUUGUGCAGCAGCUGAAGAAGAACUUGGAGACUGGUGUGAACCCAAACACUGUCUUCGAGCGCAAACUUGCAUUUGAUGAGGUUACAGUCCUACAGGAGAUGGUUCCCGGUCUCAAGCAGACUGUUCAGAAGUGCGCUGUCGUUGAGCUCAUUGCCGUAGACCUCGAGACGAAGAAGGGUAAGGUCGCCGGCGGCUCAGCUGGUGUCAAUGUUGGCGAGCAGAGAGCCGAACUACCUCAGUCGGCGGAGAACGCAAUUCCUGGUCAGCCGACGUUCUUCUUCGAGAAUACCACGGCGUAGACGCGAUGCAUGCAGUCAGUCUCUGCUACUGCAAAAGAAGAGUCGCCGCCUUGAGAGAAAGGCUCUGAAGAUCAUGCGUACACAAAUGGCGGCGCUGGGCUGAACACUGCUAGGUCCUAUGACCGACCUAGGAUCACAAGGCGAGAUCUCGCGGAUUGUCAAGCCGUGGCGUAUUCUCGGGUUGUGCAUUGCUCAGAGCUGUUGUCCAGAGAUAUGUUAAGACGCAAAACCAAUUUGCCCGCCGAGCUUCGCUGUAGAUGAGGAUACGAAUGAGUAGAAGACGAUACUCAAUGCACAGACAUUUGUCC